AUGCCCGAAUACGCCUACAGCUACAACACAGUUACAGACGAGAUCUCCUGGCGCUCGGUGGUUGGGCCACGACAUGGCGCUCCAGACGAAUGGCAUCGACGCCAGACUUUAUGGGCUCCCGAGAGCAUAUCGAGCCCCAAACACGCAAAGGCUGGUGCUCGCAGUCUCGUCGAUAUGAGCGUCAGAGUCAUGGCGACGAAUUUCAGCUCUCUUGGGAUGGACGAUUUAAAACUGGUCCCUCGUCACCUGAUAUACCUGGUGUGGCAGUACAUGGAGAAUACUCAAGAGUCGUUGGAGUUUCAAUCCUGGAAGAUCUGCGCCAGAUACCUCUGGGAUGGUGAACCUAUUGAACAACCGCUGACUCUGAGCGUCCUCAAGCAUGCAGAGGAGAUAUCAUCGCCAACCGGACUCCUGGUCCAAUAUAUCACCCCUCUGAUAUCGACUUCAUUCGACUUCAUUGCCCAUCUGGUCAUCACGGAUUCUGCCGCCUUCAACACGCAUGAGCUGUUGAGUUUGUCGCAGCUGAAGAAUCUUGGCGUCCUCGAGAUUAUUCAACCAGGAGACGAGGUUCUUGCAGCCACAUUUCCUCGUGUGACUGACUCGAUUGUCCGAGAGUGGGCGCGAGAACCAGAUCCUUUCCCCGUCUUACGAGUGUUGAGAAUCUGGGGCAAUGAUUUCACCACCACCAAAUCUCUGCGCUACCUUGCAAGCUUUCCAGCGCUCACGCUCUAUGAUACGGCCGGAAAACUCCGCGACUGGGACUCAGCAGAUACGGAUCGAGCGUCUUCCGGUUGGAGCUACCAACGAAAAACAUGGUCUGAUAACCUCGUCAUGACGCUAGCAGCCCACUUCACACUCCUUGGUCACUGGGAUAUUCUCAUUCGGAAACUCGAUGGUUUUUCUCUCGACUAUAUGGUCGCUGCGUUGCUUUCUGCAGCCAGAUCAAGGAGUCACAUAUUGGCGUUGCGUGCGCGGACCAGUCCGCAGCCCUCUUCACGGCAACAACCCCUCGCAUACACGGAGCACGUCAAAUUCAUCGACGGCUUGUGCUUUGAUCUAUGGGGCUUCCUCCUCUACGCAAGCAUUGGAGAAGCAUCGUCCGACCGGGAAUUUCUGGCUCGAGGGCUGAGUUUGCCUGAUCAGGCCUCUGUGGGUGAAGCACUAUUACUUCCACCUCGGCCAUUCGCAUCAUUGAGUCUGGGGCGAGGUUCUCACUUACAUCCUGAGACCCGCGAGUACGAUAUGUGCAAGCAGAAGAAAAGGAGGAUCCUUCAAGGGCUUCAACAGCGUGCUACGUUCUCCAGAUAUUGCGACGAACGGAGAAUCGAAGCUGCUUUCGAAGCGUACACUACCUUCGUUCGGCUGGACAGCUAUUCAGACACACCAAGUGAGGAAGCAGGACCCAAGGCCGCCAAGGUUGGUAAAGGCACGAAGAGACGUCGACCAGUGACAGAGUUCCUCCCAACUGGUCGAUGA